AGGAUUGUAUAAAAAUCAUCUCAGUCACAGGCGCUCGGUGGACAGCUGUGUGUCGUUUUGAAAUAUUUACUCGAAGGAUUUCGAGACUUGGUGAUCAUAAUCUUCCAUGUUCAAAUAGAAUUUCCAUCAAUCAACCUGCAAAAUACGAUGAAAAGCGUGGAGGAAAUUAUGUCAAGAUCCAGGCGAUUCCUUUUGUUGCUGCUGCUGGUUACUCUGACGGGCGUGAUUUUGGUGCAACUCUCCUUAGAUGGUUGGGACCUGGGAGCAACUUUCACAUACGGUGAACAUACUAAAGAGCUGGAUCGUCUUUCUUCGGAGACUUGCUGCAGCAGAACUGGAAGACAUUUUACCAUUUCGAACCUUUGCAUUACAUGACUUAUGACAGCAGGAUCGGAGAUGAAAAAGUGUCGGAAGUCUUCGAUUUGUUUGAGGGUCUUUUCAAAUGCAAUUUUACGGAGUUGAGGGACUACACGAACUGGGUGAGGAGCCCGCGAAAUCAGUUUUUAUUUGGACACAAUCAUUUCUUGUGGGUUGCCUGUCACGGCAAUCCAAAAGUUUGUUUUAAUUCUUCAUUUGUGAACGCGGUCUGCCAGAGGGCACCCAUCCACGUUAUGAAGGUGACCCGUCUCCACAUGCGACACCUGCGGGACUACUUGGAGAACAACCCAGACCUUAAAUUCAAAGUUGUUUACCUUACGCGAGAUCCCAGAGGAAUCGUGAGCUCUAGGUGGACCUUAGACUGGUGCAAUGAAACCAACUGUUCCGAUUCGAAUGUUCUGUGUCGGGAGAUGGAUGAAGAUAUUGAAAUAUUUAACGAACUUCAGAAACGGGAUCCGUCUAAUUUCAUCAAAGUUCGUUACGAAGAUCUGUCUCUGAAAACAGAAGAAGAAACAAAAGAGCUGUUUAAAUUUUUAAAGUUACCUUACUCAACUACCGUUCAGAAAUUUUUGAAAACCCACACAGUAGGUAAAAAAGCCGAUGACAAAAACCCUUAUUCCACCAAACGGAACACCACAUCAAUGGCGUUUAGUUGGCGCGAACGUUUUACGUUCCAGCAAGUUGUUAAUGUUCAGUCAUAUUGUGAGACAACUAUUCAAAAGUUAAACCAUUCUUUAAUAACAUCACCUAGCCAAUUGCCUUAUCCAAAUGGGAAGAAAACGACAAAACCUACACCACAAAAUCAAGUACGAAAAAGUAAACGUUUUAAUAAGAAUCCUCUUUAUCAGAAAUUAAUCCAACAGGAGAUGAUGUAUACAGUUACUCCUAAACAUGACAAAGAAAAUAUUCUCAAUAAAAAAUCCACAAAAAUAAAAAUUCACAACAACACGAAUAUAGAAAUUCACAAAACUUAUAAAGUUGUCGGAAAUUGAAAUUGAAAAGCCAAAAUAUAUAAACAAAUGCCAAAUUCUAUAUCGAGUAUUGGUUAGCGAAGCUAAUAGUUCUUUUUUAUUUCUGAAGUUAAGUUCCUAUGUAUUGUCUUUUCAUAUUCAUGUUUUUAGCUGAAGUGUUUGUUUCAUGAACAAAUCUGUGAAAGCGCCUGAAAUGUGAUAAAGCACUAUAACUGCACCUUUGUAUUUCAUUCAUCUUGCUCAUUUUUCUAUUUGUCUAAUUUUUUACACCCACUUAUAUUUUAGUUGUGUAAAAGCUAUUUUUCACUAUUUAUAAGUUCUGUUUGUUAAAUUUAAAUUGUGCUAUUAAAUUUGUACAAUGUUAUUAAAAUAUUUCA